AAACCCCCUCUGGCCCCCUAGGUCUCCAGGAGACCCGGAAUCAGCCUCGGAUUCCGGGUCCCCCGGGGAUUAAUCGGCUCUCCGGGACCGAGGCCCGAGCGGGGCCUGGAUUUGGCUUCAUUAUCUCCGGGGACGGGAAAGGCGGGGGCGGAUUACGGGGAGCCGGGGUCCCCGGGGAACGGGCCGGGACCCGGUAUAAACCCCGCGGGCCCCGGAGGCCGGCCGACCCAGAUAGGGCAGCUCCGUCCGCUCCCCGGACGUCAGCCUCGGCCAGCGGCCGGGGAGAAGGCGGCGGAGGGGCCCGCGUCCCUCGGCUCUCGGCCGCAGAGCGGGCCCAGCUGGGGCUCCGGCUCCGGGGAGGAGAUGACCCUCCUGAAGGAGGCCAAGGAGGAGAAGGCCGGGGAGGAGGCCGGCGGGCCUUCCCUGCGGCAGCUGGGGUGGGCCACCCUGCAGCACACGUCCGCCCACGGCCUUCCCAACAUCUUCCGCUCGCAGCACUGGUUCCGCAAGGUGCUCUGGUCCCUCUUCGCCUCCUUCGCCCUCUGCUGCGCUCUCUGGCAGUGCACGGAGAUCAUCCUCACCUACUACUCCUACCCCUCCCACGAGAAGAUCAUGCUCGUCUCCAACGCCAAGCUCAAGUUCCCCGCCGUGACCAUCUGCAACCUCAACAGCGUCCGCCUCUCGGCCGUCAACAAGAGUUUCGCCACCUUCGCCUCGCUGCAGGACUCCGGCCUGGAGCUGGCCCACCGUCGGAACCGCUCUCCGUCCUGGGACACGUCCUCCCCCGACCUCCCCACCGAGCACGUGCAGUACGCCGGCGCCUUCCACAAAUUCGCCUCCGAGUUCAACCAGCUGUCCGACGAGCAGAAGAUCCUGAUGGGCCACCAGCUGGAGGACAUGCUCAUCUUCUGUAACUUCCACGGGCAGAAAUGCAACUCAAGCUCCUUCUCCGGCUUCAUCAACUACAAGUUCGGGAACUGCUACACCUUCAACUCCCAGAAGUCCGGGGACAUCCGGGGGUCGCCCAUCGCCCCGGAGGUCCUGAACGUCACCAAGGCCGGAUUCAUGUAUGGGCUGCACUUGGAGCUGUUUAUCCAGCAGAUCGAGUACGUGCGGGACAUGACCCACGCAGCCGGGAUCCGUCUCCUCAUCCACGACCAGGCCCAGAUGCCCUUCCCCGAGGACGAGGGCGUCAACAUCCCCCCCGGGGCCGAGACCGACAUUGGCAUGAUGAAGGUUCACAUCAAGAGGCUGAAAUCCCCAUACGGGAACCACUGCACCGAGGGAGAAGACAUCAAGAACUUUUACCGGGAUGUCUACGGCGCGGGCUACACCCGGGAGGCCUGCAAGAGGACCUGUGCCCAGCAGAGCAUUAUGGAGAACUGUGACUGCAGCCACUGGGAAUUUCCCUCGCCCAAGGAACUGGGCUACCCAAAGUGCAACCUCAGCAUGGCGGGAGUCAGUGAAUGUGUCAAGUUUUACGAGUUCAGGUUUGCCCACGACAUGCUGAACUGCCAGUGUCCCUUGCAGUGCAAGGAGGAACUGUACGAGCUGACCGUGUCUGGAUCGCAGUGGCCUUCCACGGCCUUCAUCGAGAACUUUUCCAAGGACCUGAAGGAGAUGGGGGGGCAGAUGAGCAUCAUCGCCAACGACCCCGCCCUCAUCAGGGAUAACUUUGUGAAGGUCGUGGUUUACUUCAAGCAACUGAAUUACGAGCUGAUCGAAGAGGAGCCGUCCAUCACGGAGAUCGACCUCAUCUCCAACAUGGGGGGGCUGGUGGGCCUGUGGGUGGGCUUCUCGGUCUGCACCCUGGCUGAGUUCUUCGAGCUGCUCGUCGACGUCCUGCUGUUCUCCCUGAACCGCUGCCGGAAGAUGCUGACCCAGGGGGCCUUGCGGGGUCCCUACCCGGACAAGCAGCCCCCGAUCUACAUCGGCUACGGGACCCCCGGCCUCUGAGGGCCCGGCCUAGGUUCUGGGGCCAAGAGGGAGAGAGGUUCCCCGCCGGGCCGAGGCUCCCGGCCCCCGUUUCCUCCACUCUGUGACCUUUCCUUUGCCUCUGGAAUCCGGUCUCCGCCUCGAGGGGGACGGGGGAGGGGACCGGGGAGAGCCGGGGGCGGGAGGUGGCGGGAAAUGGCAAAUCCCCCUCGGGAUAGGGCAACCUCCACCUCCCCGUCGCUGCAGCUGAGUCUUUAGUUGCUUCUUGUGUUUGCAAGGCACCUUACCCUUCGCCGGUUAGGCAUCGCCCCGUUUGGCCGACGGGGCUCCGGUCCGGCGACUCAGCCGAGGGAGCCCGAUCCCGGGCCUCCCCUCGGUCUCGGCCUCCCCCGCCUCCACCCUGCCGGGAACGCACCGAAGAGGGAAGACCGUCGUCCCGGCUCCUUCUCCAUCCAGGCGCGAGGACGUUCGGAAGAAGGGGGAACCUAGGUCAGCUGCUGAGAAGCCUACGCGGCCUAGGGGAAAGAGCCCGGGCCUGGGAAUCGGAGGACUUGGCUUCUGCUUCCGCCGGUGGCCCGCUGUGCGACCUUGGGCAGACGGCUUUACUUCUCUGGGCCUCAGUUCCCUCAUCCGUCAAAUGGGGAU